GGCGGAGCCUCGCCUUCCCAGCGUGCCACGCGCGGAGCCCGCGCUCUCUCCUCGCUCGCGCUCCCGGCGGCUCCUCAGCGGCGGCGGCGGCACCGGGAGCGGCACCGGCACCGGGACCGGGCGUAGGUGGCUCCCACCAUGUCGGGCGAGGAGGAGGCGGCCGAGCUCACCAUCGCCGAGGACCUGGUGGUGACCAAGUACAAGAUGGGGGGGGACAUCGCCAACCGGGUCCUGCGGGCUGUGGUUGAAGCGGCGAAUGCCGGCGCGUCGGUUCUCUGCCUGUGCGAGAAGGGGGACGCCAUGAUCAUGGAAGAGACCGGCAAGAUCUUCAAGAAGGAGAAAGAAAUGAAAAAAGGUAUCGCCUUCCCGACGAGUAUAUCGGUAAAUAACUGUGUCUGCCACUUCUCCCCGCUGAAGAGCGACCAAGAUUACAUCCUCAAAGACGGCGACUUGGUCAAAAUUGACCUGGGAGUCCACGUCGACGGCUUCAUCGCCAACGUCGCGCACAGUUUCGUCAUAGACGCCUCCAAGGAAAACCCCGUGUCGGGCCGCAAAGCCGACGUCAUCAAGGCGGCUCAUCUCUGCGCCGAAGCCGCGCUGCGCUUGGUAAAGCCUGGGAACCAGAACACACAAGUGACAGACGCGUGGAACAAAAUCGCUCACUCGUUUCACUGCACACCCAUCGAAGGGAUGCUGUCGCACCAGCUGAAGCAGCACGUGAUCGACGGGGAGAAAACCAUCAUCCAGAACCCCACAGACCAGCAGAAGAAGGACCACGAAAAAGCAGAAUUUGAGGUCCACGAAGUUUACGCCGUCGACGUUCUCGUCAGCAGCGGCGAGGGAAAGGCAAAGGACGCGGGCCAGAGAACCACGAUUUACAAAAGGGACCCCUCCAAACAGUACGGCCUGAAGAUGAAAACCUCCCGUGCCUUUUUCAGCGAGGUGGAGAGGCGCUUCGACACGAUGCCGUUCACUCUCAGGGCGUUUGAGACGAGAAGAAGGCGAGGAUGGGGGUGGUGGAAUGCGGCCAAGCACGAGCUGCUCCAGCCCUUCAACGUCCUCUACGAGAAGGAAGGAGAGUUCGUCGCACAGUUCAAGUUCACGGUGCUGUUAAUGCACGGCCCCAUGCGGAUAACGAGCGGCCCCUUCGAGCCCGAGCUCUACAAGUCGGAGUUUGAGGUGCAGGACGGGGAGCUGAAGGCUCUGCUACAAAGCUCCGCGAGCCGGAAGACCCAGAAAAAGAAGAAAAAGAAGGCCUCUAAGAACGCAGAAAACGCCAACGGGGAGACGGCGGAGGAGAACGAGACCGGUGAUUGAGCAUCUCUCGUGUACCCCCCAAUUCACACACACUCACCCCUUUUUUUUCUCCCCCCCCCCCCACCCUCCUCACCCCAACCCUAAAAAAAUAGAGAAAAAGCAACAAAAAACCCAACCAGAAGCACCAAAUCUGGUAGCGUUUGUCUCUUCUGCCCAAAGCACAGCCAGGCCGGGCCUUCCCGCCGCCCGGCGCUGAGGGGCCGGAUUGCUUCAGACUCCUUAAAAACCACACGGAAACGGGCAAAGAAAUAAAAUCAGGAGUAAAAGCUGAUCUAGAUCCGCUCUUUCCAACCUUUGCCAACACCCAGACUUGUUGAAGAGUGAAAUAACCCACCCGGUGAGAGCGGAGAGGUGGUUUAUUCCUCCUCUUGUUUAAAUUGCUGCUUUGGCGGCUUUUGACGGGGUUAAAAACCAAAACCAAAUGGUGUUUAACGCCCCGCCCCCCCCAGAUAAAUUACAGGAUUUUGGGGAUGUUGCUCUUAGGUUUUACGCUUAAAAUUGGGGAGAAAUCAGUAUUAAAAUUGGUCGUUUUGUCUCCUGUUCCUCGUUACAUUUUACACUUAAAACUGAGGAAAAAAUAGUAUUAAAAUUAAUCAUUUUAUCUCCUGUUCCUCUUAAAAAAUUUAAACUUAAAAUUGGGGAAAAAUUAGUAUUAAAAUUAAUCAUUUUAUAUCCUGUUCCUCUUAAAAAUUUUAAAAUUGGGGAAAAAUUAGUAUCAAAAUUGGUCAUUUUAUCUCCUGUUCCUCGUUACAUUUUAUGCUUAAAAUUGGGGAGAAAUUGGUAUUAAAAUUGGUCAUUUUAUCUCCUGUUCCUCUUUAUAUUUUAAACUUAAAACUGGGGAGAAAUUAGGAUUAAAAUUAAUCAUUUUAUCUCCUGUUCCUCUUAAAUUUUUAAACUUAAAAUUGGGGGAAAAUUAGUAUUAAAAUGAGUAAUUUAAUCUGUUCUCUUUACAUUUUACGCUUAAAAUUGGGGAGAAAUUGGUAUUAAAAUGAGUAAUUUAAUCUCCUGUUCCUCUUUACAUUUUAAACUUAAAACUGGGAAAAUUUAGUAUUAAAAUUGGUCAUUUUAUCUCUUGUUCUCUUUACAUUUUACGCUUAAAAUUGGGGAAAAAUUAGUAUUAAAAUGACUAAUUUUAUCUCCUGUUUGUCUUUAUAUUUUACACUUAAAAUUGAGGAGAAAUCAGUAUUAAAAUUGGUCAUUUUAUCUCCUGUUCCUCGUUACAUUUUACACUUAAAAUUGGGAUAAAUUGGUAUUAAAAUGAGUAAUUUUAUCUCCUGUUCCUCUUAAAUUUUUGAACUUAAAAUUGGGGAGAAACUAGUAUUAAAAUGACUAAUUUAAUCUGUUCCUCUUCACAUUUUACGCUUAAAUUGGGAGAAAUUAAUAUUAAAAUUAAUCAUUUUAUCUCCUGUUGCUCUUAAAAAUUUUAAAAUUGGGGAAAAAUUAGUAUUAAAAUUGGUCAUUUUAUCUCCUGUUCCUCGUUACAUUUAUGCUUAAAAUUGGGGAAAAAUUAGUAUUAAAUGAGUAAUUUAAUCUCGUGUUCUCUUUACAUUUUACAGUUAAAAUUGGGGAAAAAAUAGUAUUAAAAUUGGUCAUUUAAUCUCCUGUUCCUCUUAAAUCUUUAAACUUAAAAUUGGGGGAAAAUUAGUAUUAAAAUGAGUAAUUUAAUCCGUUCCUCUUUACAUUUUACGCUUAAAAUUGGGAGAAAUUAGUAUCAAAAUUAAUCAUUUUAUCUCCUGUUCCUCUUUACAUUUUAUGCUUAAAAUUGGGGAGAAACUAGUAUUAAAAUGAGUAAUUUAAUCUCCUGUUCCUCUUAAAAAUUUUAAAAUUGGGGAAAAAUUAGUAUCAAAAUUAAUCAUUUUAUCUCCUGUUCCUCUUUACACUUAAAAUUGGGGGAGAAAUCGGUAUUAAAAUGAGUAAUUUCUUCUCCCCGGACUCUUGGCAACUCCCUCCUGUCUCUGAUUUACAUACAAAUCUCUUAUUUAAAUAGAUUUUGAAGCCCAACGUUGUUAAUUAAUUAACUGCUCGUUAGCCCGGGGGGGGGUGGUGCUGGUCCCUAUGGACGUGGCCCCCAGGCCCCAACGCUGCUCUGGGGAUGGGCGGGGGGGUCACUCUUUUAUAAUCUUUUAUAAAAAAAUAUAUAUAUAUAAUCAAAAAAAAGAAAGAAAAGGUUAAAAUUUAACGAGUCGCUGGUUCUUUCCCCCCCCCCCAAUUCGGGGAAAAAUUCCCCUUUACAAAUCACUUUUUCACCAAGAUCUGGGUUUUCCACCCAAACUCCACACAAAAAGUUACCAAAGUCAAUAAAAGAGAAUAAACUAUCUUAUUAUUUUUUUUUUUAAUUAUAAUUCUAUGACUUUUUCCAUUGUGGACACACGGGGGGUCCCUCAAGUGACCUGAGGGAAUACAAACCUCCCCGUUUUGAGCGUGUUUUAGGGUUUUUUCAGCAAUAUUGUGCCUGCGGUGGGACGGGGGCAGAGCCCACAACGCGGAUUUAUAAACCACCGACACCGGGGUUUAUUUAAUUUUCUAUUUUUACAUUAAAUCCGGUUGUUAAACCGCGACGAGCGGAAACUCCCGAGAGAAGAACUCUGUAACUGACUAUUUUUGGUUUCUUUUUUUUGGUUUAUUUUCCGAAUAAACUUGACUAGUGACAUCUCUGUG